GCUUCGACCUUCAGCGCACUUGACGUUCUUAUUAUAUAGACAUUUUCUUGUUAAUAAAUCGUACUGCAUAUCAAUUAAAAUCUUUCCAAAAUCUUGGCUUUGAUGGCGGCACCCGUGUUAACUAAGGAGGCUGCUGAAAAGACCGCGCGAUCUAUCUUCGUAGGUAACAUACCGUAUGAAGCGACUGAGGAAAAGCUUAUCGAACUAUUUAGCAAGGCUGGUCCUGUAAUCGGUUUUCGUUUGGUAUAUGAUAGAGAAUCUGGGAAACCCAAAGGCUAUGGAUUUUGUGAAUACAAUAACCCAGCCAUUGCUGCGAGUGCUUUGCGGAAUCUUCAAAAUAUUGAAUUCAAUGGUCGUCCGCUCCGUAUCGGACCAGCUGCUGGAGAACAAAAUUCUGCUGAACUGGCCCUAAGUAACCCAUCAGUUGGUCCACCACUUGAAAGCCCAUAUGGAGAUAAUAUUGACCCGCAAGCUGCACCAGAAGCUAUUAGUCGAGCAGUUGCUAGCUUACCACCUGAACAAAUGUAUGAACUAAUGAAGCAGAUGAAACUUUGUAUACAAAACAAUCCUAAUGAAGCACGCAAUAUGUUACUCCAAAAUCCUCAACUAGCAUAUGCUUUACUACAGGCUCAAAUCGUUAUGAAGAUUGUCGAUCCCAAAGUUGCCAUCGCUAUGUUAAAUCGCAGUCAUGAUCAAAUCCCCCCUGCUAUGCCGGAUGAAGACAUGUCUAUGAGAGCACCAGUUAUGGCUUUUCCUGGUCAUAUCAAUCAGACACCAUCUUCUGUGGGUCCUAACACUCCAGGAAAUCAUAUGAUGCCCAUGUCUUCACCUGGGUCUCACUUGCCCCCCUCCGGCUUUCCACAUCACGGUGGACCUGGACCCGUCCCACAUCCAAACCAUUUCGGUGUUGAACAAGUUCCACAAAGAAGUCAAGCACCUCAAGGAAUGCAACAGAAGUUUUAUCCAAAUAAUAUGCCACCUAGUGGGUUUCCUCCUAAUUCUGUUGCUCCACCAUCCCAGCCGCCUUUUGAUUAUCCAUCGGGUCAAACACAGUCAUCAGCUGUGUCAGGACAACAACCACAUUUCAAUCCCAAUGGACCUCCAAACAUGGCCGUCCGACCUCAAAGACCACCCGCUGCUCAAAUUACCCCUGCAAUUGCUGCAGCGGCAGCUGCAAGUAUGGGUCCCAAUAGUUUACUAGCAGGACAAGGUGAACAAGAAAAAGUCACACUUAUUAUGCAAGUUCUUCAGCUAUCAGACGAACAACUUGCUCUCUUACCAGAGGAUCAACGACGCAGCAUUAUGAUUUUAAAAGAACAACUUGGCAAAACAGGAGCAAUUUAAUCCCUUAUAGUGUGUUAUUUAUUGAUAUUUACAGCAUCCCAAUAAAUUUGUAAUUUAUUAAAAAUAAAGCACUUGGAAUUAUGCAAGAUAACUGUAUUGAUCAGGAUCAUCUGGAUUUCGUUCAAGAUAGCCAGUAUCUAUUAGACCUUCAAUGCAACGCUUGAUUAGUGGUAUCGGUGGUUGGAAGCGGUUAGAUGCUUGCUGUAAAAUAGUUUCAAUAAGCUGUGCAUGCUUUAUCUGUCUUCGAGCUUUU